CAGGAGUACGCUGGUGUGUUGUGAGUUGUAAUUACGGUCGAACUGAACAAACUCUUUAGAUUUUUUACAUUUUAGGUUGAGUUUUGUGUUUGCUGGUUCUUCGGCUACGUGUAAGCUGCAGUACUGAUGGAUUCUCUGCUUAUACAUGGAGAGGCUGAAGGUUUUAUUCAAAGUUUAGAAAAAGUAGCGUUGCGUGAUGUUGGGAGUCCCAAAUGGUUUCGUCAACAUGAAUACACUGAGAAACUCAACAUGCAAGCAAUACUUCAUGCAAACGCAAAUCAAGAGGAGUUCAUCAAAGACCUUAUUGUGUCACUUGCAAAGAUACCCACAUUGGUUCAUGGAAUGAUAGUCGUGGAAAUUUGGAAACAGAAAGUGUUCCCUAUUUUAUGUAAGCUUCAGGACUUCACUCCAAAGAGCACUUUCCCUCUGUACAUGGUGAUUCAUCAUGAGGCUACAAUAAUAAACCUUCUAGAAACAAUUAUGUACCAUAAGGAAUCGUGUGAAGCAGCAGAGGAUGCUGUUGUGGACCUUGUGGAUUACUGCCAUCGUAAAUUGACUCUGCUGGCUGGACGCUGUUCCCGAGGAGAGUUCCCUACUGAAGACAGAACCUUACAAACAGAACUCUCAGAACUAAACUCUGUACAGGAUCUACAGAAUCAUAGCAGCAUGUUAGAGUUUGAUAUCUCUCUGAAGGCUCUCUCGGUGCUGCGCUACAUUACUGAUCAUGUAGAAAGUUUGAAUUUGAGUGUGGUGACAAGGAUGCUGAACACGCAUAACUUGCCCUGUGUACUAGUUCAGCUUGUAGAUCAUUGUCCCUGGAGCAUUAGAACUGGAGGUAAACUGAAGAAGUACGAGGAGGGAAAAUGGAGGGAGGUCCCUGCUGAGGAUCGACUUAAGAUGACCAAACUGGACGGUCAGGUGUGGAUCGCUUUGCUUAAUCUGCUGCUUAAACCAGAAUGCCAACGGAAAUAUGAUUUAAACAACUUCAACAAAAGCCAGCUUUUAAAGCUGCGUGGGUUUUUGACAGAAGUUGUUAUAGAUCAGCUACCGAACCUUGCUGAUCUGCAGCGUUUCCUCAGUCACCUAGCUGUUACAGACACCGCACCUCCAAAAAAAUACCUCAUAAUUGAGCAGCUACCAGAAAUUUGGAAUGACAUUAUCGCUGAGAAUUCUGGGAAGUGGAAAGCCAUAGCCAAACACCAAGUGCUGAAAGUGUUCAACCCAUCUGAGUGUGAGCUGAGAGAACAAGCAAACAGGUUGGCUGAGACUUAUAAUCUUGAUGUAAUGGAGAGUCUUAUCCUGGAUAAGCCAAAAUGUGGUGCAUGUGGAGCAGUGGGAGUCAAGCGUUGCUCCCGCUGUCAAGGAGAGUGGUACUGCAACAGAGAGUGUCAGGUGAAGCAUUGGCCCAAACACAAAAUCACAUGCCAGAUGAUAGCAGAGGCCACUGAGAAACUUCAGAAGGAGCUGAACAUUAAGAAAUGAGGGAUGCCACGGCUUACUCAUGGGAAUCAAAUGAAACAACAUUUCCUGUGUCAGAGAAAAGAACAGAACUACUGUCUGUUUAUGAACUGCCUGUGAACUUUGUAGCAUGGGUUGCUAUGGUUAUGAUGGGAAUUGUGGAAGAGGACGAGCUGAUAUUUGCUGUAAUUAGCCUAGUCUAUGUCAAUCUAAAAAACCCUGACUCAAACUAUGCAAACUAUGUAAGAGGUGAUAAUAUUCUUUUGCAACUGCAGCUUUGAUUUUUGCUGAGCACAUAGGGUUGGUAGGGUUGCCUCAACACUUUGAAUAAAAUAGAGUGUUUUACUUGUUUAUUUUUUGCAGUAAAGGUUUUAAUACUAUUAUCUUCAUUUAACACAGAACAUGUAUCACCACAAUCUGUCUGAUUUGAAAGCCUUUGCUUUCUUACAUUGAAGGUUGGAAUUAAACCUUUAACUUUUGUUCAUUCAUUUACAGUAACUGCUUUAUCCUGUCAAAGUCGUUCUGAUCCAAAGCUAACCUGGAAACAAUGAUUGUAGUGUGUAAGUAAUAAUUAAGGCACAGGAAAUGCUUGAAAGUGUAGUGUAGAAAAAAAUACACUUUCAGUUUAACAGUGCUUCUUUUACUUACCAGGCAAAGUAUUUGGACACCCGACCAUGAGCUUGUUGGGCAUCCCAUUCCAAAAAUAAAAUGGUAUUAAAAUAGA